AUGCGCCAAUCCACUCGCGCCACCCGCCCUCGUGACAUCUACGAGCCUGAAGGGCCUCCGCCCAGUACUAGGCGUCGCCUCCCGCCUCCCUCUCGCCGUGCUGCCCCGGUGGCUGCCCCUCCACUGCAUCUUGAGGAAGCCAAUGCUGUUCGCCAAUCCACUCGUGCGACUCGCCCUCGUGACUUCUACGAGCCUGAAGGCCCGCCACGUCGACCUCCUCUUCCUCCGCCCUCUCGCCGUACUGUCGCCACUCCCAAGGUGACCCCCCCCAUCCUCGGCGGAGAAGAGGACGAAGCGACCGAAGUUGGUCGCGCCCGAAGGUGA